UCCCUUCCUAAUUACCAUCACCGGGAAAAAAAACUCCCUCGUCGGGGAUUCACCGCCGGCGUCACGCUAAAAACCAAACCAAACCGUACCGUUCACAUCUACACGAUCUAAUCAGCCAUGCCAGCCGCCCUCCACCUAACCCCAUCUCCAGCCACCGCGGCAGCACCCUCGGUUUACCAAUACAAGCAGCCGGCAGACUGCCGGCACGUGCCGUUCCUCCUGCAGGCACGUGACCACGACGACCACGCGGUGCCGGAGUACGUGGCGCGUCACCACACGCGGGCGAUGCGGUCGAACCAGUGCAGCUCGGCGGUGGUCCGGCGCAUCGACGCCCCGGUCCCGGCCGUGUGGUCGGUGGUCCGUCGGUUCGACAACCCGCAGGCGUACAAGCACUUCCUGAGGAGCUGCCGCGUCAUCCAGGGGGACGGCGGUGUGGGGACGCUCCGGGAGGUGCGCGUGAUGUCGGGGAUGCCCGCGGGGACCAGCACCGAGCGGCUGGAGAUCCUGGACGAGGAGCGCCACGUCAUCAGCUUCAGCGUGGUGGGCGGGGACCACCGCCUCCGCAACUACCGGUCCGUCACCACGCUCCACCCGGCGGCGGCGGGAGGCGGCGGAGGCACGGUGGUGGUGGAGUCUUACGUGGUGGACGUGCCGCCGGGGAAUACCGAGGAGGACACGUGUAGCUUCGUGGACACCAUCGUGGGGUGCAACUUGCAGUCUCUGGCUCGGAUCGCCGAGAACAUGGUGGCCGCCACCGCCGGGGAGAACAAUAUUACUCCUCCUUCCUCAUGAUUACUUCAUUAAUCCUCGUACUUAUCGGCUUCUAGAGGCGUCAUUAGUUGUUUCUUCUGAGGAGGGUUUAGUUAAGUCUCUUUUUUUUUCCCCCUGGUUUUGUUUAAGUAUGGAUCCUCAAGAAGUGCAUAUAAAGCAUCGAGGCGAAGUAUUGGCGUUUAAUUUUUGAUCCUUUAUAUACAAAGGAUUUGAGGUACGCUAGUUGUAAUUGAUCGAAGUAGGUCGGAAGUAUAUUGAUCGAAGAAGGUGAUAUGAUGAUCAUGUUAUUUGUAUCAGCUUUGUCUCUACAAUAUUGUAAUUGUCUGUUUAUUUUCAUAGCUAGCUAGGGUUUGGUGUCGAAAUAUACGUUGGAAUUAAUG